AACCGCCCCUGCCCGCCGGACCCAGCGAAGCUAGGGGAACAAAUCCCAAAAACAGUUCGGGCCUUUCCCGUGCGCUCACCCCUACACACGCGCCUGCUCGCCACCCGGGAGCCGCGUCCCGUUGCCAGGCAACGAGAGCGCGCGCCUCGGGAGCCCGUGUAGGCGCCGCAAAGCGGGAGGGGCGCGCGGAUAGUUCUUAAAGGCAGCGUGUCCAGAGUUUGUUCCUUCGGAUGUGUUCAGAGUUUCUUCCUUCUGGUGGGUUCCUGGUCUCGCUGGCCUCAGAAGUGAAGCUGCAGACCUUUGCGGCUGCCAGGAUGGAAACUAACUACCUGAAGAGGUGCUUUGGAAAUUGCCUGGCCCAGGCACUGGCAGAGGUGGCGAAGGUUCGGCCCAGUGACCCAAUAGAAUACCUGGCUCACUGGCUUUAUCAUUACGGGAAAACAGCGAAAGCAAAAGAAGAGAAUAGGGAAAAGAAGAUCCAGCUGCAGGAGGAAUAUGACAGUAGCCUCAAGGAAAUGGAAAUGACAGAAAUGCUGAAACAGGAAGAGUAUCAGAUUCAACAGAACUGUGAAAAGUGUCACAAGGAACUGACUUCUGAAACUGUUUCCACGAAGAAGACCAUAUUCAUGCAGGAGGACACAAACCCCCUUGAGAAGGAGGCCUUGAAGCAGGAAUUCCUGCCAGGUACUUCCAGUCUGAUUCCAGGAAUGCCUCAACAGGUUCCUCCUUCAGAGUCUGCUGGCCAGAUUGACCAGAACUUCAAAAUGCCACAAGAAAUAAAUUACAAGGAGGCUUUUCAGCAUGAAGUUGCGCAUGAAAUGCCUCCUGGCUCCAAAUCUCCUUUUUAGGUUACAGAAGGUAGAUGCUUCUGAUUUACUUCUCUCAAAGCUAGAGGCCAAGAAAAUGGCCAGCUAGAACCAAGAUUUAAGGGGCUGUAAAAGGAGAGUUCAGGGACUCUCCAGCCUACUCCUUUUCUGAAAAACCCUUAAUCAUGUGAACAUUUGAACUAGUUAUAGGAUAAAAUAAACUCAGAAUAAGGAUUUAAAAUAAGUAACCAAGUGGCUGUGACUUUUUCCUCUUGUUUUCUCAAUGUUUUGGAGACUACACAAUGAAAACACAUCUGUUGGGGUGAUCAGACCCAACACCCGGUCAUGGGGGCUACAAAGUCCAGCCGAGUCAAAGGAAUGAGAAAAGACAAGUCAAGAGAGAAAGUGGGACCAGGGGGCCAAUGCUAGUAUGGAGGCUGUGAAGGCCCCGAGCUCUGGAAGCCCACACUAUUUAUUGGUGAUCAAACAAAGAAACAGGUGGUAAGGAUGUGGGGGUUGAAAGAAAGUGGUGUAUCAAGCAAAUGAACUACAGCUGUGAGGGUUUAGCAUUUUCUUUGAAACAUAUGGCUACUUGAGAUAAUGGGAGUGCUAGAAGCAAGGAGCCAGCAAGUCUGGACACAUUACAAAGGCCACAAGGGGUUUUAUCCUGGACCCCGGACAUGUUCCAAGCCCUGCCUCAACUUUUCUCCCAACACUAAGCUUUCCUCCCAACACACAUCCAUCUUGUGUGUUCAUGUCUUAACUUUUGCUUCACUUCACAGUCAGGCCUCUCUGAGUAUUUUUUACACAUAUCCUGGAGUCUACCUAUGUCACUGAUAGCAGAUAUUUUUCUUCAACAUAUAUUAUCAAUGUUUUAAUACUUUUUUUCAAUUUUAGUAACUGGUAAAAUACAUGUAAGAUGUACCAUCUUAACCAUUUUUAAGUGUACAGAUCAGUUGUAUUAAGUAGAUUCAUAUUCUUGUGCAACCAUCAUCACCAUCCAGCUGCAAAACUCUUUCAUCUUGCAAAACUGAAACUCUACACCCAUUAAAAAAUAACUCGCCAUUUCUCCCUCUCCCCAGCCCCUGGCAACCACCAUUCUUUCUGUCUCUGUGAUUUAGAUUACUCUGUGAGUAUGUUGUAUAAAUAGACUCAUACAAUGUUUGUCUUUUUUGUGACUGGCUUAUUUCAUUUAGCAUAAUGUCCUCCAGGUUCAUUCAUGUUGUAGCAUGUAUCAGAAUUUCCUUCCUUUUUAAGGUGGAAUAAUAUUCCGUUGUAUGUUU